GGCAAUAAUGUUUUGGGACGCGCAAAUUUGCGUCAUGUGACGUAACCCUGAACCCGGAAGAGAUUUCUGCUGCAGAGCCGCAGCCAGAGUACUAUCUCAACUUGCAAAGUUUUUAAUAGUAAAGUGUGAGAGCCAAGAUGCCAGUGUUACCUGGGGCCAAUGGUCCAUGAUGCAUGUGGAGGGUUAUGGAGACGCCACUCAACUGUGCUGAAGAGCAACAACCCCCUCCUGCCUUCCCUGCCUCCUGGUCGACAGUCACACCACAGGAGUCUCCUGCAGACAGAAACGACAAGGGGAACGCUGUUGGCUUUGUGUUGGUGCAUGCAGGAGCAGGAUACCACUCUGAGUCCAAAGCCAAGGAAUACAAGCAUGUCUGCAAGAGAGCUUGUCAGAGAGCUGUGGACAGACUGAAAGCCGGUGCUCUGGCAGUGGACGCCGUGACUGCAGCCCUUGUUGAGCUUGAGGAUUCUCCGUUCACCAACGCGGGAAUGGGCUCUAACUUAAACCUGUCGGGGGAGAUCGAGUGUGACGCCAGCAUCAUGGAUGGGAAGUCUUUACGUUAUGGAGCUGUAGGUGCUGUUAGCGGUAUAAACAACCCAGUGCUGGUGGCCAACAGGUUACUGAGUGAAGCCCAGAAAGGAAAACUGUCAGCUGGACGAAUACCCCCCUGCUUUCUAGUGGGUCGAGGAGCACAUGACUGGGCUGUGAACCAUGGGAUACCUCCUUGUCCCUCAGAGAAGAUGGCUACCAAGUUCAGUCUAUCGGCCUACAAGAGGAACAAGCACAAGAUGGAGCUGGCAGAGAAGGUGGAUACAGGGUUUAAUCAUCACAGUAAGAAGAGACGACAAGCAAGUGAAACCGAGAAUGGAUCAGGGUUGCUGGACACGGUGGGAGCGAUCGUAGUGGACAGAGAGGGGAACGUGGCAGCUGCAGUGUCCAGUGGGGGUUUAGCCAUGAAACACCCAGGCAGGGUGGGACAGGCUGCUCAUCAUGGAUGUGGAUGCUGGGCUGAGAACACCAGUACCCUGAACCCUUACUCUACAGCAGUGAGUACUUCAGGUUGUGGGGAACAUCUAAUACGAACCAUGCUAGCACGUGAAUGUUCUUCUGCCAUGCAGUGUGAAGAUGCUCACCAGGCGCUGCUGGAGGCUAUGCAGAACAAGUUCAUCAGUUCCCCGUUCCUUGCCAGUGAGGACUGUGUCCUUGGAGGGGUCAUCGUCCUGAGGUGCUGCAGAUGUUCCGAUGCCCAACCCUCCCCUGACAUCCAGGCUAUACUGG